AAACGAAAGUUGUUAUGAAGUUAUGAUUGCAGUAAAUAUGCAGCUUUGGUUUUUGCUGAUAUCACCUCGAAUACGUCACCAGCAGCACAGACAACAUUGAUUAUUUCACCCGCGUACGUACACUGGUUGCUCGAUCGAUCUCGCGCCAAUCGAUCGAUCCACACAAGCAAAGCAAGCAUGGCGCCUCCGGCUCCGGCGGCGGCCGCCGGCCAGAUGGCCCUCAAGGCCAAGCGCUUCGUCCUGGGGGCUCUCGCGGCGACGCUCGCCGUGGCGGUCGUCGUCACCGUAUCCUCCGUCGUCCUGCGCCCGGCGCGCCUCCAGCUCCGCGUCACGCGCGCGCGCUACAGCCGCGGCAAGUCGUCGUCGUCGUCCCAGGACGGCGGCGGCGUCGUGGAGCUCCUCCUCACCCUCGCCGCCAACAACACCAGCGAGCGCGCGGCGGUCAGGUACGAGAGCAUGUUCGUCGACCUCACCAACAGCACGGCGGUCGUCCGAGCCGAGUCCAUGGCCUUCGUCACGGCCAACCUGACGACGACCCUGCCGCUGUGCCAGCGCCGCCGCAGCGUCGCCGACUUCUCCGCGACGCUGCUGCUGGUGCCGGGGAUCUGGACGGACUCCUCCGGCGACCUGACGACCAACAGGUUCGCCGUGGUCGUCACCGCCACGGCGCGGUUCAAGGUUGGCAUCGCACGGACGCGGCUGUUCGACAUCAAGCUGGCCUGCCGGCCCGUCCGCUUCGUCCUCGUCGACGAAGCUGCUGCUAAACAGAGUGGUGGUGCCCCCGAUGGCCCCCCGCCGCCGGUCGAUUGCGUGCCUAUUUAAUAUAAUCGGCAUGCUACGCCGAUGAUCGCGGCAAGAUUAGAGACAAUAAUUCGGGCCGCCACGCGUGUGUGUGUGUGUUUACUGUUUUGAACAUUGAUGAAUUCUUCUUUUCUGUACGUUGAACUUCGUAGCCAGUGUGGCUUGGAUUUGGCAACGCAGGGUGAAGAUGUGGGAUUAAGAGCAACUCCAGCUCAGGCUUUUA